AUGUUUACCGGAAAUGAUUCCUUUCCGCGGCCAAGCUCUUCCGCGUCCUCGAUUGGCAGCCAUGUCUCUGGAAUAUCACACCCGCCCGGUUCCAGAAAGAGACGGAAAUCUACCAUAAUCGCCGAUGUGCCUAGUGAUGUACUUCUCAGACGUGUCGACGACUGGGACGACGGGCAGGUGAAACCUCAAUGGAGUCUACUAGAUCGACCUCAUCCAGUCCCUACCCCGCAUACGACCCGAAGAAAGAAGAACUCGAGAUUCGAAAUCCCACCCGAGCGCACUCUUGAAAAUAUCGACCAGUUGAUUUCGCAAUCGACCAUCGAGGAAGAGAUCAAGGAGCUCAAGCAACAGAAGCGCUUACUCCGGAACAGACAAGCUGCGCUCGACUCUCGUCAACGAAAAAGACAUCGUACUGAGGAGCUAGAAGAGCAGAAGAAGCAAUUAACCAGCGUCAUCACUGACCUAGAGGAAGCGCUGUGUAAUUCCAGGGCCCGAGAAGCCGAACUCUUGGGAGACAAAGGAGAAUUGGCAGCUGCAAUACAACAAAUUGCCCAGUAUAUUGAUGGCCUUCAUGAGGAUAAGGACGAGCCUAUCCACGCUAAUACAAUAGAGGUCGCGGAACUUCGGAAGAGCAACAUCAUUCUUCGCGAGACCAUGGAAAAGAUUAAAGCGACUGUUGAGAUCGUCCUCACUUCCGCCUCCGCCUCCUGA